CCCCCUGCUGGUCACACUACACACUGCCGCUCCAGUCGGUGAGGAUUCACAUGGAGACUCUGAGUGUGAAAGAUGAUGCUGCAGCCAUGAGAGCGGAGGAGGAAGAGGAGGAGGAGCAGAGCUGAGGUUAUUUUCAACGAGUCAGGAGAGGAGAGGAGAGAUAUUCAGCUGAGGAUCAGUGGGAGGAUCCAGCCUGUCCCUCUGCUGGAGGAGCAGAGGAGGAGGUGUGAGUCUCUGCAGCAGUAGCAGGAGGAGCAGACGGAGGAGGUGGAGGAGGUGGAGGCAUUCCAGAGACGCAGCAGCAGGAGCAGAGCCAUGCAGCAGCCGCAGCUCCAGCAGUAGGAACCAACGCUCCGUCUGUCUGCCAUUGAUCCUUAUCGGCUCUGCAGCGAUUGAUUAUCUGGGCUCACCAGAAACCAAUCAGCUGGUUCCGAUCCGUUCUGUGUGUAUGUGUGUGUGUGUGUGUCCUGAUCAGUGAGAACUAGCUGGUACCGAUCAUCACAGACAGAAUGGAUCUCAACUUGUGAUGGUUCUGAUCCAUCACUGAUCUCCAGCAGUACCAGAUAGUUCUGAUCAGUUCUGAUUGGUUCGAUUUCCUCACAGAUAAUGAGCCUGCUGAUACAAUAAAUGCAUGCUGGGAGAUGUAGUUCCCAUCUAUUCAGUGAGGGUUCUCUGGGUACCUGGUACUGGCUCUCAGAUGUGUCUCUGUUCCAGGUGAGGUGGCAGUGGGCGGGGCCUGACCCGCUCAGCCACCGUCUGAUUGGUGGCCUGUGAUGAUUGCGACAGGCGGUCUGCUGAGGAUCAACGCGCGGCGACAGGACUCUCUGAGGUCCAAACCACACAGAUCCCACCCGCACAAGAAGAAGAGCAAGAACAAAAGACGCAGCGAGGUGGUGGUGGUCAAGGGGAAGCUGAAGCUGUGCUCCAUCUCGGGACUGGUGGCCGUUCUGGGGAUCCUGGUUCUGAUGGUCGGGGUUCUGAUGGCGGCUCUGGGCUACUGGCCUCGGGACGGACUGUUCUUCAGCUCCCAGCCACGGGAGGGCGCCACUAUGGCCUUGAUGUCCUUCAGUAGUCCAGCACCAGCACUUGUUGAAGACCAGGAACCCGGGUGGGCGGAGUCAGACGGAGGAGACGGAACCAAUGGCAGAGGAAAUGGCUUCAACCAAUCAGAGGCCGUCAACGGGACCUCUCAAGAUGUUCCAAAAGGAUUUCUGGAAGACUUCCUGGACAGGUAUCUGUACUCUGAUAGGCUGAAGGUCUUCGGCCCGCUCAUCAUGGGGAUUGGCAUCUUCCUCUUCAUCUGUGCCAACGCCGUCCUGCAUGAGAACCGGGACAAGAAGACGAAGGUCAUCAACCUGCGGGACAUCUACUCCACCGUCAUCGACCUCCACAGCGUCCGGAAGCCCCACCCUUCUUCCUCUGGCUCCGCCCACCAGCCGUUAACCAAUCCGCUCAAUGGACUCAUCAACUAUGUCCAGGCCAAGAGUCUGGACUCAAAGUCCCAGAUGUGUCCCGCCGCCCUGUUGUCAAGGCAACCAGCCAGUAGCAGGAGCUGCAGUGACGGAGGAGGAGGAGGAGUCUUCAGUGUCUGCCAGGAGCAUCCGCCUGCACCUCCUCCCUCCUCCUCCAACAGACACUCCCUGCCCCUGACCUCUGACCCCUGCUGGACCUCCCACCACAAAGACACGCGGAGCUCUUUCACGUUGCCCCGGCCCCGCCAGCGCUCCCCCGGCGCCCGCAGGAGACACUCCUUCUGGGCCAGGAGCAGCGGCCAGGAGGAGCAGAAGGAGGAGGAGAUGCAGCCGCCGCCUCUGUGUGCCUCCACUCCUCCGCCUCACCAAUUCUCCGAGGCUCUGCUCCUCCUCUCCUCUUCCUCGCUCUCCUCCCUGUCCCACCUCCUCUCCUCCUCCUCCACUCCAGCCCCACCCUGCAGGAGGCGGAGCCUUCCGACCGCCGCCUUUAACGCGGCCUACUGCAAGCUGACGCAAGGAGAGGACGAGUCCUUCGAGUGGUCUUCAUCACACAAGGUGACCCCAGAGGAGGCGGCUCGGCCCUCACAACCAGAGACACCCUGAGGUCCUGCCGGCCCCCUGGGGGGAGAAAGAGGAGGAGGAGCCUGACUGAUGAAGCCGGUGAUGACAGCAGCAGCAAUAAAGAGUCUCUGAUCGGAGAGAUGAGCCAACUUCCUGUUCAUCAGUUAUCUGGUGGGACCCAGUCUCACCCAGCCAACAGAACUGGACCCACUUGACCCAAACGGAUCCAUUCAGGAGACCACAGAUUGUCUUCAUGUCCCUCUUUACACUAACUAAACCAGAUUAACCCAAACAGAUCCAACUAAUCCAAGAUGACUCCAUUAAUUACCAGCCUGUCCCGUUUCCCUUCCAGACUGACCAUAACUAACUAAUCCAGCUAAUCCCAAGUCUUCUAACUAAUCCCAUUGGAUUUGGAUGGACACCAGGCCCAGUCCAGCAGCAGGUCCUUCUUCUUCUUCUCUCUAAGUGGAAAGGGUCAGAGGUCAGAGGUUGGUCUUGCUCCACGCCUGCAGUGCAUGCUCUUUAAGCAGCUUCAGUAUUUUGCACUUUUUGAUCUUCAAUGCUUCAUUCUUCUGGGACUACUUUCUUUGGCGGAGGCGUCCGUCCCUCCUAUGUUGGACCUGGAGAAACGGACGGGUUGGACAGCAUGUCGUUGUUUUUACUGCAUGUUCUAGAAGCCGGCCACAUGAUGAAGACAUCAAACAUCUUCACCCUUUGCUGCUCUGCAGGCUCCGCCCACCUGCUGAGGAACCGCCCCCUCCACGUUAAAGAUGGCCGCCUCUGGAGGACUGAACUUGACCUGUCAGAAUCCCAAUCUGCUCUACCGGACCUUUAAACUCAAAACAAUCUAACUGUGAUUAUGAAGCAGAGAAAACGGGUCAGAGUUCAGAGUUCACAGGUAGCUUCAACAGGAAGAACUCUAAAACCAGUCCUACUGGCUGACUGGGUGAACUGGUGAUGGUCUGGAGAAACCCAUCCAGAACCUGAGCUGGUUCUCCUAUCAUGAUGUCUGAACUGAUUCCUCACACACUGAACUGGUUCUGUUGAGUCUUUACCUGUCCCGUGUCUUCUAACUUGUUGGUACCGGACGUUUCAGCCCUGGUUCUGACCUUGGUUCUGUUGCAGCUGAUUGGACCCAGAUCAGCAGAACUUCAGAGCUGCAGCGUCCUCCACUGAGCGAAGCUUCACUGAAGCACAAAGUGAAACAAAUAAAGCACAAAAUGUCCA